GGAGGCUUCUGCCAGUGCAAAGCAAAAAAAAAAAAACACUGCUAUCCCUCUCGCUCCUCGUCCUCAUCACCAUCCUUGUCGCGGAGCCAACUUUCGAAUUCUCUCGUUCAAUCUCCCUCCGCCCUUCUUCGUCUUCUUUCCCCCCCCAAGCUGUGCUUGAUCUUCAUCGCUUUUGAACUCCUCCCUUUUUGCUCUCCUUUGGGGCUGCCUCUCGUUCCUCCCUGAGAUCCAAGUGAAGUAGGAAUCACUGAGGACCUCCCUCGGCAUUCCCUCACACACGCACGCACGCUCUCCAAUUGACGCUUCCACCCCUCCCUCGAAAAUCCCAUACACGCACCCUACAUCCACAAUCUUCGUCCCCAGAACCUUGCUACGAACCUGAUCUCGACGCGAAUCCUUCGCUUCUGCCGUCUGCACAAUGGAAUCUACAGCCACCGCAACUAACGGGAUUCCCGCUCCCACCCGACCCUCCCCGACCGUCAGUACUCCUCCAAGCAAGCCCGCAUCGCCUCUCGUUGAACGCAGCAACCCAAUGGGUGGAGGCUUGGCGCAGACGGUCACCUCAAAGGACCCAAAGGCCGUUGCCCAGGCCGCUACCGAUAUGAGAAAUGUCGUUCGCCGGAAAUUGACUGGCUAUGUCGGCUUUGCCAACCUGCCGAACCAGUGGCACCGCAAGAGUGUGCGAAAGGGUUUCAAUUUCAAUGUCAUGGUCGUCGGUGAGUCUGGUUUGGGAAAGUCUACUCUAGUGAACACUCUCUUCAACACCUCCCUAUACCCACCCAAGGAGCGCAAGGGCCCCAGCCUUGAUAUCAUCCCUAAAACUGUUUCGAUUCAAUCUAUCAGCGCUGAUAUCGAGGAGAACGGCGUUCGUCUACGAUUGACCGUUGUCGAUACCCCUGGGUUCGGUGAUUUUGUUAACAACGACGACUCUUGGCGUCCUAUUGUCGAGAACAUCGAGCAGCGAUUUGACGCCUACCUUGAUGCGGAGAACAAGGUCAACCGUAUGAACAUCGUCGAUAACCGUGUGCACGCAUGUGUCUACUUCAUUCAGCCCACUGGCCACUCACUGAAGCCCCUUGACAUCGAGGUUAUGCGUCGCCUGCACACCAAGGUCAACUUGAUCCCCGUCAUCGCCAAGGCUGAUACCUUGACCGACGAGGAAGUCGCUCUCUUCAAGCAGAGAAUUCUUGCCGAUAUCCACCAUCACUCCAUCCAGAUCUUCGAAGGUCCCCGUUAUGAACUCGACGACGAAGAAACCCUUGCUGAGAACCAGGAGAUCAUGUCCAAGGUCCCUUUUGCCGUUGUCGGUGCAAACACUGAGGUUACCACCGCCAGCGGUCACAAAGUAAGAGGUCGCCGUUAUCCAUGGGGUAUCAUCGAAGUAGACAACGAGGAGCACUGCGACUUUGUCAAACUGCGCCAGAUGCUUAUCCGUACCCACAUGGAAGAGCUCAAGGAACACACCAAUAACGUCUUGUAUGAGAACUACCGGUCCGACAAACUGACAGCAAUGGGUGUGACGCAAGACCCAAGCGUCUUCAAGGAGGUCAACCCUGCUGUGAAACAGGAAGAAGAGCGCGCUCUGCACGAACAGAAACUUGCCAAGAUGGAAGCAGAAAUGAAGAUGGUGUUCCAACAGAAGGUGCAAGAGAAAGAGAGCAAGCUGAAACAGAGUGAGGACGAACUAUAUGCUCGACAUCGUGAGAUGAAAGAGCAACUAGAACGGCAGCGGCUCGAGCUAGAGGACAAGAAGGCCCGCCUCGAAAGUGGACGACCUCUCGAAGACAAGAUAAAGCGGAAAGGGUUCUCACUUCGUUAGGUUUGAAUGGAUCGAAACCCCCAAAGUCACGUCUGAUACAUGGUUUAAGCUCGAGAAAUCAAAUUCUUUUGGAGAUCUGGCACUUGUGCUUUUGUGGCUUUUUGCAUUUUUUAUUUUGUUGAUGGAUCUAGCGCUCUAUCACCCUCUCCUUGCCCAUUUCCUUUUCAUUAAACUCCCACACUCUCUUGUACUCUUUUUUUUUUUCCUCCUUUUCUUGUUCUUAUACCUCAGCUUUUUCCUUUCAAAUUAUUUCUGUAAUGACGUUGAAUCUUGCUUUGGCUCAAGCCAUCCUUCAUGACUCCGAAGGUAAAGACAAUAUCACUUAAUGUUUACGGGGCCGUUGGAGACUGCGACUUGAGGUUGAAACGGGGAUGGGUGGGGGAUUGUCGCUUCUGGGCAGAAUGAUAAAAAAAAAAAAAGCCACUAAAACAGGUUGCAGCGAGCGCCGACUUCGGUGAACUCGUUCUCCCUGGGACUCGUAGGGCUCGUUGGUUCCUUCGGUCUUCUAAUUUGACCCUUUUUACCCGUUGGCUUUUCAUAUUUAGUUAGCUCCCUUCUUGCCAUGUAUUUGUCUAUGUUAGCUUUUUUCUUUUUUUU